AGCCAGCCAAUUUAAGCACUACACAUGUUCACGAUAAGACAAUCACAUAUACCAGCUGCUAGCUAGCUCGAACUAACCAUGGCCAGCAGCAACAGCAGCCUGGCCAGUCUGGCGGUGCUGCUCACGGCCGUGCUGUGCCUGCUGCUGCCGGCGGCGAGCCACGCGCAGCUGCGUGUGGGGUUCUACAACACCACCUGCCCCAACGCCGAGGCGCUCGUCAGGCGGGCCGUCACGGCGGCCUUCGCCAACAAUUCCGGCAUCGCCGCCGGGCUCAUCCGCCUCCACUUCCAUGACUGCUUCGUCAAUGGGUGCGACGCGUCGGUGCUGCUGUCCAUCAACCCGGGCGGCGGGACGACGGAGCGGGACUCGGCGCCCAACAACCCGAGCCUCCGCGGCUUCAACGUCAUCGACGCCGCCAAGGCCCUCGUGGAGCAGAGCUGCCCGCGCACGGUCUCCUGCGCCGACAUCCUCGCCUUCGCGGCCCGGGACAGCGUCAACCUCACGGGCACCAACUCGUUCUACCAGGUCCCCUCCGGCCGCCGCGACGGGAUCGUCUCGAGAGCGACCGACGCUCUAAACAACCUCCCGGGCCCCAACUCGACGGCGGACGACCUCAUCAAGGGCUUCGCGGCCAAGACCCUGAACGCGGAGGAGAUGGUGGUCCUGUCGGGGUCCCACACGCUGGGCCGCUCCCACUGCGCCUCCUUCCUGUUCAAGAACCGGGAGAGGCUGGCGAGCGGGACCAUCAGCCCGGCGUUCCAGGCGCUGCUGGAGGCUCUGUGCCCGCGCAACACGGGACAGUUCACGCCGGUCACCACGGAGAUCGAUCUCAGCACGCCGGUGGUGCUGGACAACAACUACUACAGGCUGCUGCCGUUGAACCUGGGCCUCCACUUCUCAGACGACCAGCUCAUCCGCAACGGCACGCUCAACGUGUUCGUCAACCAGUUCAUCGCUAACCAGACGCUGUGGAAGCAGAAGUUCUUUGCGGCCAUGAUCAAGAUGGGCAACAUCGAGCCCAAGACCGGGACGCAGGGUCAGGUGCGCCUCAACUGCAGCAUCGUCAACGCGGCCUCCUCAUCCUCCUCCGCCGUGGUGAUCGAGAUGCCCCUGGUCCCGGAAGACCACGAUGAGGUCGCCACCAGCUGAUGAUGUAUACGUGCAGAGUGCCGGGUAAUAAUUACUCCAUCUGUGUCAUAUUAAGUGACUCAAAUUUAUCUAAAUAUGGACGUAUCUAUGCUUAAAAAAAAUCUAGCUACAUAUAAUAGAAAGUUAUUUAAUAUGGGAUGGACGGAGUAGUAUGUACACGUAUGUAAGUACGGGCGUGCGUGAGGCGCGCUUAUGAGAGGCAGAGGCCUCGUAAGUGUGCACACCAGCUUGAUUUGCGUGAAUAAACGUUUUCUAAUUAUUGCGUGAA